CUAGACCGACGGCCGAUCCCACAUCCAUCAGUGCGCGCGCCUCUCAACUCCUCCUCAAGACCCUCCUCAACUCCUCAACUUCGAGGGCGAAAAGUUCUGGCCACGAGUAGUUCCUGCCCAAGGUGAUUUUCAGUUCCUUACUUGAUUUUUUUGUUUUCCUCUUGGGAACUUUUGGGUGGAGGCUUUGAUUUUUUUGUGUGUGGAAGCUACUUUGGGGAGCGAGGAGGGGGGGAAAGUGCAAUUUGAUGGAGAAAAGCGACUCCUUGUUUUCCCACACGUCCCAUCCCUUAAGCCACCACUUCUAGAAGAUUAAAGUUGUUGGACGUGGGGACAGCCGAGAGGACAGGACUUCUUUCCAGGUGGAGCCCCUCCACCGCCUGUAGAGUCUGUGCCUCCUGCGUGCAUGUGUGCGCCAGCCGCGGCGCGGGGUGCGUUGCUCUGCUUUGGAGUCUCAGCUGGGACCAGAGUGAAUGGCCCCCAGGGGCUGCGCGGGGCCUCUGCCUCCGCCACCUUCUCCACAGACCUGGGUCUGGCCCAGAAAGAUGCUAGCCAUGGGGGCGCUGGCAGGCUUCUGGGUUCUCAGCCUCCUCACUUAUGGUUACCUGUCCUGGGGCCAGGGCUUGGAGGAGGAGGAAGAAGGGGCUUUGCGAGCUCAAACUGGAGCGAGACUGGAGCCCAGCGUAACCGCCGUGUCCCAGCCCCAUCUCAUUUUCAUCCUAGCGGAUGAUCAGGGAUUUAGAGAUGUGGGUUACCAUGGAUCAGAGAUAAAGACUCCCACUCUUGACAAGCUUGCUGCCGAAGGAGUUAAACUGGAGAACUACUAUGUCCAGCCUAUUUGCACACCGUCCAGGAGUCAGUUUAUUACUGGAAAGUAUCAGAUACACACCGGACUUCAACAUUCUAUCAUAAGACCUACCCAGCCCAACUGCUUACCUCUGGACAAUGCAACCCUACCUCAGAAGCUGAAGGAGGUUGGAUAUUCAACACAUAUGGUUGGAAAAUGGCACUUGGGUUUUUAUAGAAAAGAAUGUAUGCCCACCAAGAGAGGAUUUGAUACCUUUUUUGGUUCCCUCUUGGGAAGUGGCGAUUACUAUACACACUACAAAUGUGACAGUCCUGGGAUGUGUGGCUAUGACUUGUACGAAAAUGACAAUGCUGCCUGGGACUAUGACAACGGCAUAUACUCCACACAGAUGUACACUCAGAGAGUGCAGCAAAUCUUAGCUUCCCAUGACCCCAGAAAGCCUAUAUUUUUAUACAUUGCCUACCAAGCUGUGCACUCUCCACUGCAAGCCCCUGGGAGGUAUUUUGAACACUACAGGUCCAUUGUCAACAUAAACCGACGCAGGUAUGCUGCCAUGCUUUCCUGCCUAGAUGAAGCAAUUAAUAAUGUGACCCUGGCUCUCAAGACAUACGGUUUCUACAACAACAGCAUUAUCAUAUACUCUUCAGAUAACGGUGGUCAGCCCACAGCAGGAGGAAGCAACUGGCCCCUGAGAGGGAGCAAAGGAACCUAUUGGGAGGGAGGGAUCCGGGCUGUUGGCUUCGUGCACAGCCCGCUCCUGAAGAACAAGGGCAGCGUGUGUAAGGAGCUCGUGCACAUCACGGACUGGUACCCCACUCUGAUUUCACUGGCUGAAGGGCAGAUCGACGAGAGCAUUCAGCUGGAUGGCUAUGACGUCUGGGAGACCAUCAGCGAAGGCCUUCGUUCUCCCCGGGUGGACAUCUUGCACAACAUCGACCCCAUUUAUACCAAGGCGAAGAACGGCUCUUGGGCUGCAGGCUAUGGGAUCUGGAACACGGCCAUUCAGUCCGCGAUCAGGGUGCAGCACUGGAAGCUGCUCACAGGGAACCCGGGGUACAGUGACUGGGUGCCCCCUCAGUCCUUCAGCAACCUGGGCCCCAACCGAUGGCACAACGAGCGCAUUACCUUGUCAACCGGGAAGAGCGUGUGGCUAUUCAACAUCACAGCCGACCCCUACGAGAGAGUGGACCUUUCCGGCCGGUAUCCCGGGGUCGUAAAGCAGCUCCUCCGCAGGCUCUCCCAGUUCAACAAAACCGCGGUGCCGGUCAGGUACCCCCCCAAAGACCCCAGAAGUAACCCUCGGCUCAACGGGGGAGUCUGGGGGCCAUGGUAUAAAGAGGAAAGCAAGCAAAAGAAGCCAAGCAAAAAGAAGGCUGAGAAAAAGCAGAGGAAAAGUAAGACGAAGAAGAAACAGCAGAAGGAACGCUCGUUUCCAAACUGCCAUUCAGGGAUUUCUCGUGGAUAAGGACAAAUUUUCUUCCUGUCUUCAGUUCAGUUCAGUUCAGUCGCUCAGUCGUGUCCAACUCUUUGCGACCCCAUGAAUAGCAGCACACCAGGCCUCCCUGUCCAUCACCAACUCCCGGUGCCUACUCAAACUCAUGUUCAUCGAGUCAGUGAUGCCAUCCAACCAUCUCAUCCUCUGUCGUCCCCUUCUCCUCCUGACUUCAAUCUUGCCCAGCAUCAGGGUCUUUUCCAAUGGGUCAGUUCUUUGCAUCAGGUGGCCAAAAUAUUGGAGUGUCAGCUUCAGCAUCAGUCCUUCCAAUGAACACCCAGGACUGAUCUCCUUCAGGAUGGACUGGUUGGCUCUCCUUGCCGUUCAAGGGACUCUCAAGAGUCUUCUCCAACACCACAGUUCAAAAGCAUCCAUUCUUCAGCACUCAGCUUUCUUUAUAGUCCAACUUUCACAUUCAUACAUACAUGACUACUGGAAAAAUCAUAGCUUUGACUAGAUGGACCUUUGUUAGAUCUGUUGGAUUUUUGUUGGAUCUUUGUUGGAUUUUUCCUCUCUGGUUAAACUUAAAUCAGUGCCGAGUUUUCAACCAGUUUCUGGAUGAACCAGCAAAUUUGGCUCAAUCGGAUCCCUGCCAUCAGCAUCAGACAGGUUUCAUAUUGUGCUACCCCAUGGAAAUCGUGCUCCAUGCCAAAGGUGCUGCUGUGGGGAGCCACACUUCAAGCAGAAUGGAGAUGUUUGUUUCUCUUGCUCCUUUAUGAAAGGUGGUCAGUGAAGAGUUCAGCUGUCGUACUUCAGUCAGUUGACCAAACACUAUGUUUUAAAUUAUAGCAUUGAACUUUAACCAGCAAUUGAUGGACAUGCCAAUUUAAUGGAACUUACAGGGUAGCAUGAUUAAAAACUACCUUUGAUGAAGCCUAGUCAAAAGUUGCAUCACCUCAAAGGCCUUGAAAAUGCUUUUUUCUUAGUGAAUUUUUGUAUUUCUAUCACAGGACACUUGGGUUUUUUAAGUGAAUUCUAUUUCAUACGUCGUUUCCUUUCCUGUGAAAAAUAAGCUGUUUUUCUCACAUGUGAACAGCUUGCACCUCACUUUAUCAUGCAUGAGAGAAUGGCAAAUAAGAAUGUUUCAGCACACUGCCAAAACGUGAAUGUAACUAUUUUCUAAACACUUUAACAGAAUGAUGUUUCAACACAAAGUACAUAAUUUAUUUUUACAGAAAAAAUAUUAUUUUGUUUUCAUAAAAUUAUACAAAUGAAUUUUAAUUAUUUUAUUUUAUUUUCUACAUACCAUUAGAAGAAUUUUAUUUCAUAUUGUCAAGAUUAUCAAGCACUGUAAUACUAUAAAUUAAUAGUGUGUGAAUUUGUAGAAUAUAAGAAUUAAAAAGUGACAAACAUCAUUGUUCAACCAUUAUUGUGAAUGUAAGAAGAUGAAUAUAUUCCUUACAAAUUGCUUGGAAAUUCAGUGUUUGUAUAGAAUUGAGAGACAACUUUAUUGUUUCUAUCAUAAACACUUUAUUUAUGUAUCUUAAUUAUUAAAAUGACAUAUUUUUUAGCACCAGCAAAUUGUGUGGCUUUUCUGAUUUAAUGUCUCUAUAGAAUUACAUUUGUCAUUUUAACAAACAGAAGUCUUUACAAAUAGGCAAAUGAAAGUACGAUUUGCUAACAAACAUAGUAACAAAAUGGAUUUUGCAAAUACACAAUGUUUACACCUGGCUGCUGCAUGGAGAAGAGUGUUCUCUUGUUAAUAAAUAAGAUUUAUAAUGACCUUAAUCUUACACCAAGUGAACAUGGAAGAAAGAUACCAAGAAGUGAGAAUAUGGAUCCUACCUAGAGUCGUUAAACAUCUGGUUUGAAAUUCACACAUGCAGACAUCAUGAGGCAGAUUACAGGAGCACGGUCUGUAGUGAAGUUUAUCAUGAGUGAUCGGUGAGGACAAGUGGAUGUGGUCCCCGUCAGCCCUGGAGUUCUCUUUAAGGUGCUUUCUCCUGACGCUACCUGUAAGUCUCAAAGUGUUUACACUUGAAAAAUCUAGAGUGAGAACUAUGAUGUGUGAUAUUACAACUGUGAUAAAAGAAAUGUAUGCACAUUUCUUGUUUUUUUUCUUGAGAUAACAGUGGAAUAUUACUCAGCCAUAAAAAAUGAAACAAUGCCAUCUGCAACAAUAUGGACAAACCUAGAGAUUGUCAUACUGAGUGAAGUGCAUUAGACAGAGAAAGACAAAUAUCAUAUCAUAUUGCUUACAUAUGGAAUCUUAAAGCAUGGUACAAAUGAACUUAUUACAAAACAGAAAUAGAGUCACAAAUGUAGGCAAAAAACUUAGGGUUACCAAGGGGGAAAGAAUGAGGGGAGGGGUAAAUUGGAAGAUUGGGAUUGACAUAUAUACACUACUAUGUAUAAGAUAGAUAAGCAGUGAGGGCCUACUGUAUAGCAGAGGGAACUCUACUCAAUACUUUGUAAUGACCUAUAUGGGGGAAAAGAUCUAAAAAAGAACAGAUAUAUGUUUAUGUAUAAUUGAUUCACUUUGCUAUACAGCAGAAACCAGCAUAACUUUGUAAUCAAUUGUACUCUAAUAAAAAUCAAGUUAAUAAAAAGAAA